CGCUCAACAUGGCGGCGGGGGUGGUAUUCGCGCUCAGCCUGAUCCUCGUCGUCGGCCACCUCCAGGAUGGGCCAGGAUCCCUCGCCAAGACCUUCACAUUCCCGGAAUACCCGUACAAGGAGACCACCAAGAACGAGGCCCUCUUCAGACAAUUCGAGCAGGAUUGCGAGGAGAGCGGUGCUUGCAAGAUGCUAUCGCAUAGGAGCGACGGCGUCGCCAAAACACGAUGCAUCCGGGAAUGCGUGUCGCCGUCCUGUUACAAGGAGAUCUACUUAUUCGAUCAGCUGGAGGAGGGCGAGAUUGAUGUGAGAUUAAUAUCCUUCAAGGGUUGCUUCAUGCAGCGA